CCACUUCUCCACCUGGGCGCAUUAAGGACAAGAAAAUUAUCGCCCGGAAGUCCUCUUUUCAUCUUCGGACCUCAAUCUAGAGAGAGAGAGAGAGAGAGAGAGAGGAAUAGGGAAGAGAACCCUAGAUUUCUCAAAUCCGAAUAGAAGAAAAGGUACACGUCUGCAAUGGAAUCCAGUUUGCAAUCUCGGUCCCCGGACAAUUAUGACGUGAAGCCAUCAUUUCGAAAGCCCUCAAAUGAUGCGGCUAAUAGAAAGUAUCGCCGUCGCUCACCUAUUGGUGGAUCUGCUUCAUCUUCAUCUGAUGGCAGCCCUAGGCGUGAUCGGAGCUAUAGUCCAAGUUACUCUAGGGAAGAACCCACCAAGACAUCUGAUGAUCGGCGCAAAAAGGACGAUGGAAGGGAUUUGGACAGGGAUUCCAUUCGUAAUCGACCUGGGAAAGAUAUUGAUUCAUACAGAUAUUCUGAAAGACAGUCCUAUGGGAAUUCUCAAGAUCACCGUAGGCAUGAUGAUUAUAGUAGACAUCAUAGGCAUGCUGAUGAAGAUGAGAGAAGUUACCAGAGGUCCUCUCGGGUUGGUCGAGAGUCACGAGGGAGCACUCGUUCUGAUUAUACAAGACAGGAAAAUGAUCAUGACAGGGCCACCAGGGAAGAUUGGCGAAAUGGAGACAAGUAUUCUCGAGAUAGACCUGAUGAUAGGGGGCAUAGAAAGGAAAAGGAAAGAGAAGCUGCUGUUUCAGAGCGCCAUAGAGACAAGGAUGUUUCCUCUGACAGAAACACGGAUGAUAUGAAGACAGGUGAGCGGGAUAGGCAUCGGGAUAGAGUUGAGAGAAAAGAUCACCGGAGGAGUUCAGGAGAUUACCGGAAUGAUCAUGCAAAAGACUCAACUAUGAGUAGGGAUGUUGGUGUUAGUCGCUCGAAGGAAACUCACAAGAGUAGCAAUAAGGUUAUUGAAGGGCAGAAAGAAGAUAUGACUCAAAAGAGGAAACAUGAUGAUAGGGAACGUGACAGGCACAAGGAGCGAUAUGAUAGAGAUCGAGAGGAGCACUUCGAAAAUGGUAAUAGAAGUUCAUCCAGUUAUAGAGGGAGGGAUUCCAAAAAUGAACAGUAUCAGGACAAAACCAUUGAUGUGAAUGAAGAUGAAGAUUCUGCAGCGAAAAAGCUUAAGUCAAGUCAUUCAGACAAGGCCACUGAUUGUGCUGAAGAUGGGCAAAUGCUUUCUAAGUCUAGCAAAUUGGAGGAAAAACCAGCUUCAAGCUCAAAGCAGGUUCAUCAGGCUGUUGGCAAAUCGACUUCUGAACCUAGCCAUUCUUCUGCCAGUGAGGCUGAGGUUGCUCAUGAUUUGAAUGCUGCUAAGGUUGCUGCAAUGAAAGCUGCUGAAUUAGUAAAUAGGAACCUUGUAGGGGGUGGAUAUAUGUCGACUGACCAAAAGAAGAAGCUACUGUGGGGAAGCAAAAAGAACGCUGCUGUUGAAGAGUCGGGCAAUCGCUGGGAUAUGCCAUUGUUUUCUGAUCGAGAACGGCAGGAGAAAUUCAACAAACUCAUGGGUGUGAAGGGAGAUCUGAAGCCAGAGAACAUAACCAACGACAAAGACCGAGCAGAGAAGCAGGAGCAGCUCCAGCUGGAGUUAGAGAAGCAAUACACUGCUGGGCUCCGUCGGAGAGAUGGCCGCACAGUUGGACUGGGCCUGUAAUAAUUGCUACCGUCCCUUCUCUCCUUCGUACUCUUAAGACAAUGCUUGCAUGUAGAAAGUCUCAGAGUCCUUGGAUCCCACCACCCGCUCCAAGUGGGCCCGCAUGUAGGUUAGCUCACCAUUGGAUGAGCCUGCCUCGUUGCUAGGGAGCACACCUGCGCCCAUUGAUACGGCGUGGAGCAGUUGCAUGACAUUGAGGUCCUCGUCCGUUGGCUCGCGCUUCACACCGUAGCCCGUCUUCCGGCCAUUGCAAUACAUUGUCCAUACAGGCUCGUCGAUGAGCCUGGUCUUGUCGGCAGACCGCUUCUCACACUCGAGCGCGAUCCGCACGAGGCCGGAUGCCAUGUCUUGGAGGAGCUUGGCGGUUGGGAUGGUGAGCUCGAGCAGCAGCAUCGGGAGGCACCUGGGCUUUUCUUGGAUGGCUAGGGUAACCCGAGCCUUGUGGUAGCCGAAGAGUGUACCAGUCAUCCGGAUCCCACCAUGGAUGUGCUUGUCGUGCAGCCCGCUGCGGGGGUGGGUGGUUGGGAGCUUGCAGUUGUUGGGGGCAAUGAUAGGGAAUGACCGGAGAGCAGAACGGAAGAGUCGGAAUACCUUUGAGGAUUUUGACUUCCGUUUAGGGGAAGGUUGUAGAAGGGACACAGGUGAGCGGGCCGGUGAGGGCACGGUCUCUGGCACGAUGGUGCUGGUUGGCUGCGGCUGUCGCUGCAUUGUGUGCUGGUCUGGUGCGCGGGUGGGAGCUUUGCUAGGAAAUGGCGCAUGCAUGGGUGGGAUGUGGGGAUGGGUUUCUUAAAGAGGUGGGGUGGUGCGCUGCACGUUUGUUUAUUUUUGUUUUUAUUUUUAUUUUUAAUUUUUAGAAACUGCUGUUUGGUAUUUUUAUUUAUAUGGACUGUGUACGGA